AAUUUGGAGGGAGGCAGGCCGGGUUGUUCGUGGACUGAACAGGCAGUCUCCAGGGCACCCCCGGGCGGAAGUCUCUUCGAGGAGAAGGCGGAAGGGGAGGGCGGAAAGGACCGCCGCGGUUCCUUAUGGCGACGCUCGUGGAAGCAGGAGAGACUGAAAACCUAGGUUGUUGAACCACCUUGGGGGGAAAAAAGUACCAAAAAAUAAAUACUUUUAAUAACUGUAACCAGGAACAUACUGGAUCACAUCUUGUUCUGGUACUCAUCGUCUUCUGUGGCCUCAGUUCUGUUUGGCAGUUUUUGUAAUGCACAGUUACUGAGCACCACAAAGGACAGUUGCUGGUAUUUCCUUUUCUGUGAAGAUACUUUUUAACCAUGGCUAGCCAGGUAAGAUCAUUGGGUGAGAAUGAGCCCACAGUCUUAAUUCCUGGUGGGUGGAGACAUAACCAAGCCCAGAACUUGUUGUCAAAUACCAGGCUUAAAGCAACCUGUGGGUGUGGGGUGAGGGUUGCCCUAUGCUUUCUUCAUACACGUUUCUGACAAGCUCUCUCUCCCCUGCUGUGAAAAUCUCAAACUGAAGCAGAUUGAUGUUGGGGUGGGGAGGUCAUGAGGCAUUGCUUCCUGCACUGUUUAAGAGUGAGUUCUUGUGGUGGGACUUUCCUGUAACACUCACUGUUUAGGAUGCUCCACUGGUGCACUGGAAGUGAAAUGCCACUCUCCAUGUAAGUAAUUAAAAUGUGUUUCUGCAUCCCUAAGGGGAGGGGAUAUUACUUGUGUUACCUUGGCUACUACCCCCUGCUUCCCUUUUCCUUGCCAUACAACAGCCUCUGCUGGCUUCUUCCUUUUUUGAAUGCAGGCAGCAUUUUUGUUGCAUGUUUCUGUCACGAAAUCGGGAUAAGAGCUCUCUGUGGCCCUGUCCUGACAGUUGUCCUGAGGUAUUGGCUUGCACGUUGCGGUGUGGACAGCCUUCUUGGAGGAGAAGGGCUCCUUGCAAGAAGGAGGCCAGGGUCUCUUUUAGGCUAAAAAAAAAUCUGUGCUCUGGCUCUGCCUCUCAUUCACAGAGGGCCUCUUUGUGCUUCGGUGUUUCUGAGCGAGACUCAGAACACUUAAGCAGGGUCCUCUUGUAAAGCAACUCUUAAACCUACAUGCUUGGUCAGCCUCUAACUGUUAACUUUUUGGGGAGGAAAAAAAAUUAAAGAAACCGAGGGAGUCAAAACGUUGGCGUGAAAAGCAGCCGCUCCUUUAGCCAGCUUGACAAAGUCAGGGGAAUAUGGCUUUUCAUACAAUCCUUUGGCUCUGUUAUUUUUGCCAGGCAUUUUCCCCAGAGGCUGCUUUCCCUCAUGGGAGGCGGAGGGAGAGAUGGGACCCCAGGCUUCUGUCAAGGGAAAGCAGGAUACAGUGGGAAAGGCCAAAAAAGAAAGCCUGCCUCUGUGGUGGAGAUCCCCCCACAAAAAACGGAAGAAAAAGAGUAAAGCAAGAGCAGGAAGACCAGAUUUUACUAGUAUUCCAAGCAGGCCAGAAUUUCCUAGACAAGAGUUUGUUAGGGCGGAAUUUUCAAGGACAGAAUUUUCCAGGACGGAAUUUUCAAUAUUUGUGGGAGAGAUAACUCCUGAAGUGGAUGAUUUCUUGCUGUAUGACUACUUUUUCAAAAGAUAUCCAUCCUGUGUAGAUUGUAAAGUGGCCACAGAUCUGCUAGGAUACUCCAGGGGUUAUGGUUUUGUCAGGUUUUCUGAUGAAGGUGAUAUGAUGAGAGCCUUGCAAGAUUGUCAGAACGCACCUGGCCUAGGUGGGAAACGAAUCCGGUUGACUUUAGGAAUUUCUAAAAGAUUGAAAGCAGAAUUUCAGCGGUACCAGCCUUACAGCUAUAAUGACUAUUACCAAGACUAUCAGAACUACUACCGCCAGUAUAAUUACGACAGAAAUGAACGCUUUGAUCGCUACGAACGCUUUGACCGUUUUGAUCGAGGCAACCGUUUUGCUGAACGUUUCCCAGACCGCUAUCCUGAGCAGUUUAAUGACCGUUUUCCUGAACGUUAUGCAGACCGCUUUGGUCCCCGUUUUGGUGACCGCUAUGGCGACUACCCAGAAUAUGGUGACUAUCCUGAAUAUGGAGACUACGCCGAUUAUGGCGACUACAACUACAGUUACGCCUCUUAUGACAGGAUGCAACAGACUGGGAAUAUGGGACAGCAGUCUAUGAAUCCUGCUGCAUUUCAGGAGACUUCUGCAAUGGUUAUGAAUGAUGAUUUAGUAACAGAAGAUCCACAACUCCAUGUAGAUGUUCACAGAAUGAACAGAGAAUUUAUGGUGAGAAGCGAAGAACUCUUUGACACACUUAUGAGCUGUCAUUGGCAACCUUUGGAUACAGUCACAUCUGAGAUCCCUACUGCUUUCUAAAAGUAGUAUGUUGACACCAUAGCAUGAUCGUUAUGAGGAAGGUGCUAAAUUGACAUUUUUGACAUUACUUUAGAUUCUAAGUUUUAAAGCACAGUGAUGGAUUUUUUUUUUGCUAUGCUUUGAUGGCCUUUGUAAUUUUUGUUCAUCACUCAAUAUCUUAAUCAUGUAAAUAUUCUAGAAAUGUAAAGAGUUACCAAGUCUAGAAAUGGACUUGUCUAUGUAAAUAAUAAAACUUCGUUUCUGCAAA